AAACGUCGUAGCCAGAAGAGACAGACUAUAAAUGAACUGAUUAUAGGCCCAUUUACAGACCCUUACACAUUUUUGGAGACUAGCGAUGGCACCAGCAUCAAACAGGAAGGUUCCCUUAAGAACGUUGGCACUGAUCAAGAGGCCGCUGUCGUUCGCGGAUCCUUCUCCUGGGUGGAUGAGAAGACCGGCGAGAAGUUCACCACCAACUACGUGGCUGAUGAUAACGGAUACCAGCCCGUGGGCGACCACCUGCCCGUGGCUUAAAAAUAAAUUUAAAUG